UUAAUUUGUCAACAAAAAACUAUCACACGAAAUCGAACGCUCUGCCAUAGCCCGGGUUAAACCAGCGCUAAAUCAACUGCAACAAUUCAAUCCAAACCAAUCCAAUUCAACGAACAAGAAAGAAAGAAAGGAAAAUCAACCAAAAUCAACAAGAAUUUCUGGUAUUAAUAUUAUUUGAUGCGCGCGCUCAUAAAAAUUUACAUAGAAAGCGACACCAGCAGCAGCAACAGCAACAGCAACAACAAACCAGACGGAAAUACCCAUCUACAACAUCAAGAAACUGAAUUGGUUAACCAUGGAAAAGGCGUAACUGCCAACUGCUGACCCCGGCCAUAUAACUUUAGAUGAGCGCGCUACUGUGCCACAAUUUCGUUGUACACCUGCAGACGCUGCCACGCACACGACGAGCCUCACCCUCAGCACAGGAAACAACGCGAAAAGCAAAAAAAGCGAAAGCAACAUCAGUGAUAUGGAAAUGUGCAUAGAGAAAAAGGCGAAAAAGUCUAAAAAGUCAAAAAAUGAAACAGCUGAGAGUUCAAUGCAACAGCAACAGGAGCAGCAGAGCAACAAAGAUAACAUUUAUCAAAAGAAAUGCCACCAAAAUCAAACGAAAACUCAAGGAAAGCAAACACAUAAAAGCAAAAGCAGCAUCAAAAGCAGCAGCGACUGUAGCAACAACAACAACAACAACAACCAAAGAGAUCGAGACCACCUGAAAAAGCAACAAGAAAACCAACGAACAAAACUUAAAACAAAAGCGACAUCAUCAAAAGGCAGCAGCGACGCCAACAGAAGCUGCGUCGUCGUCAGCAGCAGCAUCAUCAAAAGCAGCAAAGUCAACGCCAGCAGCAACGUCAGCAGCCACGCCAUAAACAACAACAACAAUUGCUGCACACAAUUAAACACGCUCUAUUUGCUGCUGGUGCUCUUAAUAGUUGGCCUCGCCCACCACUCAGCCACUGCCUCCCCUUACGAGAGCAGACGUGAUGCUCUUUUGGCCUACUAUAAACGCGCACACCUUCAGCAGCAGAGUGCCGCCCGCGGUGCUGUCGCUGUCGCUGCAUCCGUCACCUAUGCGGGGGGACCGUCACAGUCCCUGGAGGAGUACCAUUUACACGAUGCCUCUGCUGUGGAUUUUGAUGAGCUAACGCCCACAGUCAGCGUUGUCUCUGCCCUAAGCCGGGCAGAGCGUUUGCGUAAGCGUAGCCCCAUCCCAACAACGCCAUCAACUGCCAGCACAACUGUAACUGCAACUGCAGCGGAAGGAGCAGCAAUAACAACAGCAGAGGCCGCAGCGGAGGCAGCCAGCAGCAGCAGCAAAAAGCCAGAAGAGAAAUGCGAUCCAAAAGUAUUGGAAAUGGUGCCAGAUGAGCCGUUUUACGACUUUACCGACAUUGCCGAGGAUGCCGCACGCCAGUUUAUUGAAUUUCUAUCGAAUAAAUUCCCAAAUGCCAACACACCGAUUGCCAUCGACGAGUCAACACGUGCGGAGGUGAGCCGUCGGGCCAACAGUAUUGCCAGCUACGCCCUCAACGAGGAUGAGAAUCUCCUGGCUUUUGCCAUUGCCGCGCCGAGCAUACACACAGUAGUCGUUAAAUUCAGGGAUAAUGUCACGAUACCGCCAGAUCAGGUGCAUAAUAAGGCGUUUUUGGGCUCAUACUGGCGGGAAUUGGGCGCGGCCUGGAACAGCAGCGAUGGCACCCAGGAGUGGGGCGCACCUUUUCGCGACUGCAACCUGUUGACGCGCCGCUGGCUGUGGCCGUUUCGCAUAUCAUUCACCGAGCAUAGAAUCAAAAUUGUGGCAGCUGCCUUUAUUGCCGCCGAUGAGGAUGUGUGCAACGAUGGUCUGGAGGAGGUGUUUGGGCGUCGUCAUGGUUGCGAUCGAAAUACUACUUUCUGCCUGCUCACGGAGAACAAACCGGCGGCCACGCGGGAUGUGUACACGUGCCUCUGCCGGGAGUCCUUCUAUCUGCCAAACUCUACGCUGCAGGGCUUCCGAGGCGAUGUUGUGGAGUUGUCCGAGGGCUACGACAACUACUCGUGCAUUCCGUGUCCAGGCGGUUGCUCAAACUGCGACCAGCAUGGUGUGUGCCUCAACUUCCAGGAGGAGGAGGCCCUCAAUAUGGAUGCCUGUUUGCGUCUGCUGGUGGCCAUUGUCCUGGGCGCCUGUAUCCUGUGCUGUGUCGUCCUGGGUGUGAUUGUCUUCAGACAGCGCAAGAGCAAGGCCAUUGCCUCGGGCAUGUGGACUGUGCUGGAGACGAUACUGCUGGGAAUUGUUUUACUUUAUGCAUCUGUUGCCGUCCAUUUCUUUCCCGCCUCCACCGAGCGCUGCCUGCUGGAGCCCUGGCUGCGGGAGCUGGGAUUCAUCACCUGCUACGGCGCCAUCAUACUGAAGCUGUACCGCCACCUGGUGGACUUUAGGACACGAAAGGCACACCGCUGGGUGCUGCGCGACGUGGAUCUGCUCAAGUAUCUGGGCGCCAUGGUGUUCGCUGUGGUGUGCUACAUGUCCGCCUUCACGGCCUCGUCGCUGGACCUGCUGGAGAGCGCCCAGUUGGAGAGUCUGCGCGAGGCGAGCACCAACACCUGCCAUCCGCUCAAGUGGGAGCUGGUGACGCAGACCAGCGAGAUACUCAUCCUGUGCUUCGGCCUGCACCUCUCCAUAGCCAGUCGCAAUGCCAACACUCAGUUCCGGGAACGACAAUUUCUGGUCACCGCCCUCACGCUGGAGUUCCUCGUCUCGUCCAGCUUUUACUUUCUGCGCUUUGUCUACCUACCGGAAAUGAGUCCCAGCGCCAUACUGUUGGCCCUCUUCGUGCGCUCCCAGCUGACAAACAGCUUUGCCCUGGGUCUGAUAUUUGUGCCAAAACUGUGGUAUCAACACAAACAGGUUCGUUCGCUAGCGUAUGAUCUAUCAAUACGUUUACCUGUGGAUGCUUUCAAGGGUGCUUCACACGAUGCCGGCCAACGUUUGGGCGGUGGCUACGCAGGCCUUUGCCUGGGUGACCCCGACAUCGGUGAGCUGACCAUAUCCGAAAUGAGUCCCGAGGAUAUCCGCGCUGAACUCAAAAGACUGUACACACAACUUGAGAUUUUGAAGAACAAGACCUUGAGACAGGACAAUCCGCACAUUAGCAAACGACGCGGUGGACGCAAGGCGGGUCAUCGUCGCUUCUCAUUGCAGAAAAAGGGCAGCAAGGAUAAGGCUCUAAGUGCCAAACACCGCAGCAACAAGCAUCAUCAGGACAUUGAGAUCACCGAGGCGGAGCCAUCCCGUACACCCGAGGACUCCGUAUGCAGUGCCGAGGGCCCGACGGAUACCUAUGCGGAAAUAUCGGGCGUGUCGCAUUCAAUGCUCUCCCAUUCGAUGGUCUCGCACUCUAUUGUCUCUCACUCGAAGUAAGGAAGUAAACGAUAUUCCAGCGACAAGAAGGAUUUGUAUAUAAGUAUUAAAGGAUACGAUAGUACAUGUUUGUAUGUGUAGAUAUCUAUGUGUAUGUAUAUGUAUGGGAGUAUUAGGGUGCAGCAUAGGUAAUAUAUAGCAAAAAAAAAAAAAAAAAAAAAAAAAAACACAAACAAUAAAAGGAUUACUUUAAUUUCGCAAUGAAAGAAAAACAACAAAACCAAACAAAAGAGCAAACUGAACAAAGGCAAACACAAAACACAAACAAUAAAAAAACAUUACUUUAUUUAAUAAAAAAAGGAUAGAAGUAUUGUGGAGAGAUAAGAAAUGGAAAGAGCAGAUGAGUUUUGUACAAUUUUGAUAAACUUUUAGAUGAUUUUACGUUGUUCAUUUCUCUCAAUUUGAUUUCGAUUGAUUUCGAGCAAAGUUGUACGAAAGAGAGCGAUUAAACAGAGCCCACCUGCGUAGGUAAACGAUAAAACUAAAUCUAAAACAAAGGAGUAAACGACAAGAAACUAAUUAUUGAUAGACCUAUUCCUACUACACACUUUUGAGUUUAACAUCUAAGUUCCUCAACAGUUACUAAAACUCGAUUCUUUUGCCAAUUAUUUCGAAUCCAACCGAACGAACACUCGAAUACUCGUAGAAUAUCCUAACCAAGCCGAAGGUCUCUCUAUAAAUUAAGGAGAAUACUCGUGUUUGGGAGAGGGGGGCACAGCGAAAAUCAUUUUUAAAGAACAGUGAAUAAUCAGUUGUAAAUUUGAGCUUAUAGGCAUUAAAAUCUAGUAAUGAAAUUCCCUCACUACUAUCGUACACUUUACAUCUUACUAAUUACCUAAUAAUAUAUAUUUGUAUUAUAUAUUGUAUACGUGUAAUUCCUACAUUUUCCCAUCCAAGACCGAACGGUGUAAACUUUUGUGUAAAUACUAAGUGCAGUACGUGCCAUACUCAAGAUAGAGCCGAGGCACUUGUUAACUUUGUGUGGCAGUUACAGAAUGAAAUCGAAAAGAUCCGAAAGGAUGAGUGGGUAAUGCUUAAUAGAUGCUUAAGUACAUUUUUUUGUAACGUAACUAGCCGAACGAAUUCUGUCUCAAGUAUUAUUCCCAUUUGCAGUUGAUUUCCCCAAGUUUUAGAUCCAAUCCCAGAGAAUGUUUAAUAUCCGUUGUUUCGAAGGCGGUAGAUUUGAAAAAAAAUAAACCACAAAGUGAAUACAUUUCAAAUGUACGCAAUACAUUUUUGGAUGCGCUCGUUAGAAUGUUUUUGGGGGGAGAACAAGUCCAUAGAAAACGUAUAGUAAAGUUACAUCGGGCAUUUAUAUGGGAUAUGGUAUACAUAUACACAUAUACAUAUAACAAAUAUAUACAGAUAGCGAGUAAAACAUGGCAAAUGGUUAAAUUAGGUAAACAUACAACAUGCAU